AUGCCCAAGAAUGGAGAGAAGAAGAAGGACCUCAUGUCAACACAGGUGCUGUUGGCUGCAUCGGGCCUGGCAGAAUUCUACAAGUACUUCGACCAGGCGGGCCACUCCAUGUUCGACGCUAUGACAAAGAUCAGCGACCUGAAGGUGGAGCAGAUCCUGCUGGAAGUCGAGGCGCGCUGUGGCGUCACCUUCAACUCCGCGGUGCGAAUCAGGCUUUGGAAGGCGCUUCGAUAUCAGUGGUUCCGCGGGCCAGGCAAGGGCAUGAAGUUCGUAGAACGGACGGAUGUGCCACAGCUGCACUUGCCUCCGUUGGAGUGGCAAGAGCAGGAUAGCAAAUUCAGGUUUGCCGAUCUGGAGUCAGACAGACAAAGACAGAUCGUUCGAAAGAUCAAACAACUGGCGCCUGGCGAGACUGGCCAAUCGCUUCAAACCUUCCAAUUCGAAGUGUACACGCGCACACCCGACUUAAUCUACGAGUACAGAGACUUGGAGCGCUGCGUCCAGGAGUGGGAACGGCGAAAUCCACGCUCUAUGAUUCAGGAGGACAUGCGGGAAGAAGUGAUGCGAAUGCGACUCAAGAGUUGUAUCGACUCUGCGAAUGCCAGCAUUGCGGUAAGAAAGGCAAGAGCAGUGAAGUUGAAGAGCUACGCGUCAACCUUGUUGCUGAUCCAGCUUGUCAUGUUCUCGCUCUGUGUUGCAAUGCUGCUGACGGCCUUCGCAUCACUGAACAACACGCCACCUCAGAUUCUACUCACCUUUUUUCUAUCCAGCAAGCAAUUUCUGUCCUCCAUGGUCUUCUUCACCGCAUCGGUUGUGGCAAAUGUCGUGUCGGAGCGAGCACGGGGAGAUCCUUUGAUUCGUGAACUCAGAAAAACAGUCUUGAGCUGCGAACGUCUCAUAGAGCGAAUCAGUGAUUUUAGGAUCGCCACAGAGGAGCUCAGGUUGCAGAAGAAUGAGGCUGGAAAGAAGGGCGUUCCUGUUGGCCUCAACCUGAACGUUUCUACAGAGGGCGGAGGGAAGAACGACGAGGAGGAUGGUGACGAUCCAAACCAGGUGAGGCAGCGGGCGGGGAAAAGGGGAAAGCAGAAGAAGAAGCAGCCCAAGGAUGAAGCGCUGCAGCUUUGGGCGCCGGACGCCGGCAAACUGGACAGUCAAGAGAUUCAGAUGAUGCAGAAACAACUUGCCCAGAGCUUCAAGAGACUGGAUGCUCCGCCAGAGGACUUUCAGCGGCCCGGCGGCGAUCGCAUGCGUACGUUCCAUCAAAAGCUCGGCGGCGUGGCGGAAGACGACCUGUGUGUGCAGAUCACUAGCAAACAGCAAAAGAGGCGUCAGGCCUACGUGGAGCAGUUGAAGGAACAAGCGCUGGCGAAGCUUCCGAAGAACCCCCCUCCACCUUCCUUGACCAUGCAGUCCGUGGCGCAGGAUGAUCGCCGUCAAGCACGCAGAGCUCAGGGAUCCCAGGGAGCCCAAGGAUCCCAGGCGCAAACCAUCGGGCGACAGCUCACCGAUCUGCCUUGA